CCGCGGGCUGGUUCGAAAUUUUCCCGAAAACCCUUUCCACGAUUUACAUUUUGAUCGUAAUAUAGAUGCGCAUCGCUUCGUCGACGAGGCUAUAUUAAUCCAUCGGUUAGAGAAUCUUGAUGACAUGAGAACAAUUGUGGACAUGUAUCUUUAUAAUGACGGUUUUCCGAAGAUUAAGAUCAUUCGGAAUUCGACAACUCCAGGUUUACUCUCAAAAAAAGAGAUUUUUCAAGGAUGUUGGAUCAUGGAUCAAAAAAAUCAAACCUGGGAUCAAGCACGCGAUUGGACUUCAUCACUGGAUAUCUACAAGAAUUGGUUUUAUGAAGCUUGGGGUUUUAAGGAAGGACAAUGGCAUGGUUAUUAUGGGCCUAAGAGUGAGAUAUAA